AUGGGCACUGGGAUGUGCUCCAGGAGGCAGAAGGGGCUCCUGCAAACCGGCUUCUGCCUGGUGACUGUGGCAUGUUUGGGCUCGGGAGUUUUCCUCUACAACCACUUGCAGCAGAAGGUGAGGAACGCUGACGCCCUGGCCCAGAAAUACAAACAGCAGCAGGAAGCUCUGUCUGCCCAGCUCCAAGUUGUGUACGAGCACAGGUCCCGGCUGGAGCGGUCCCUGCAGAAGGAGCGAGGGGAGCACAAGAAGACAAAGGAAGACUUUUUAGUGUACAAGCUGGAAGCUCAGGAAGCUCUCAACAAGGAGAAGCAAGAUUCUAUGAACAGAUAUGGAGCACUCAGCUCCCAGCACAAGAUACUGAAGAAUCAGCAUGAAGAUGUCAAGAAGCAGCUGCUUGACCUGCAGCUGCAGCACAACAGCUUGAAACUGGAACAUCGUAAGACACUGGAGACCCACAGCCAGAAAUAUGCCCAGCUGCAGCAGGAGAAGGACACUGAAGUCACCAGCUUGCAGGACACAGUCUAUAAACUCCGAGAAGAGAGCAAGCUUCUCCGGAAGGCUCACCAGGAAGUUCACUCUCAGCUCCUUAAUGCCCAGGCCCAGAUGGAAGAGUUCAGGCAGCUCAAGGAAGCUCUACAGAAGAUGCCCAGUUUCAAAGGAGGAGGAGCUGGGAAGGGGCAGCAGCAGUUUCAGGUGCUGAAGGAGCAGCCUGUGGUGCCAGCCAACAGCCAGUUGCAGCUCGUGAGGCAGAAGGCACUGGCAGUCAGUCAGGAGAAUCGCCCCGCUGGGAACCCGCUGGCAUCACAAGUCGCUGGGCUGCAGAAGCAGGCAGAUGGCUCUCUGCUGCAGGGCCAGAGCUCCUACAGGAACAAUGCCCCCAGGCCACAGGCUAAUGUCCUCUUUACCCAUCCAGCCCCACUGCAGGAUGCCAAUUCCCUGCCAGAUGCUGUGCCAGCCUGGCCAGCGAGGCACGGGGACGGCCACGUCGUCCGCUUCACCCGGACCAUGAACAGCCUCCCCAGUGGGAACCCAGAUGUAAAGAUGGUGAUGCGCAUCCAGGUGAAGAGCCACGAGGAAAGCCAAGCUGCUGGGCUGACCCUCUCUGAUCCAAAACAACUCUCUGCAGCAGAAAAACCUCAGGGGCCAGGCACCCACCACUCCACAGGGACCAAACAGGGCCAAAUGCAAAGCUGGAAAGACAUAGUUAACAAAGUGAAUGCUCAGAUGGAUGAAGAACAAGUGCACAGCUACCCAAAGAGCCUUCAGUUUGAUCCCAAGCAUGGCCAAGAGAUGCAGAAAGGCAGCCCACAGCCACCCAGCGAGAAGAGAGGGGAAGAGCAUCCAGGAGCUGAUCAGGAAGACAAGAAGGAAAGGACAGAUGAUGAGGAGCUUGAGAUGGAUGCAGGAGUGAUUGAGAGAGAGGAGAGCCUGCACUCUCAGAAGGAGGCUGUUGUGCAGGAGCCGAUGAUGCCAGAUGAUGCUGCAGAUCCAGCCCAGGAUCCCAACAACCAAGGGGAGGAUGAGUUUGAGGAAGCUGAGCUGGAGAGACCUGACUUUGAAGAGAAAGUGGGAGGUCUGGAGAAGUUCAAGGAGCCCAGUGUGAAACAAGAGUCCAAGGAGAAGCCACUGAAGGAUGCUGGCAGACCUGCCAAGCCCAGGGAAGACCAAAUGGAUGACUACCAAGAAGAUCAGGAGCAGGAAAUUGAGGAUCAUGGAGGUGAGGUGGAUGACAAUGAUGACCUGGAACUUGUCCAAGACCAGAAGGACCAUGCAGGCUUACAGAGAGCUGAUGGCAAGAAGGAUGACUACUACUGA